AUGAAUCAUAGGGCAAUACGACCAUCCAGUGCUUAGCAAAAUAUGUCCCAUAUAAGUGAUAAGAAUGUAUCCUUUCAUAAGAAGUACUAUAAUUCAUUUACUCUUAGUCCUUACAAGUAGCCAAAUGUAUAGAACGUUUCAUCAUACAAGGCCAAGGAGAGCGAAAAAUUAUUUGAAGAGAGCCUUUAACUUAAGCUUUUAAUGAACUAAUUGAAAGAUGAGAAUAUUAAACUAAGAACCAGAAACACUAACUUAGAAGUACGAUUGCAAUAAUCAUCUAGAAAGACUUAUAAAAAUGUUAAAAAAUUAUAGAAGAAGUAGAAACUACUGGAAAUAUGAAAAGAUUUUAUGCUAAACCAAGCACUGAUAAUUAAAUGAUCCUCAGUUUCAAAGGUUAAAUUAAAGAAUUGCGAUAAAACCUUGAUUAAAGAGAAUAGGAAAUGUUAGCUCUCAAAAAGACAGCUAAGUAUACUAAACUCACAGAAAUGGAAAUUGAACGUAAAAUGCUCUAAGAUGAAACCAUUCGAUUAAAAUAAGUUAUAGAUGAACUGAUACAAUAAAAUUUAUAUGCUUAAUAAAAAGAGCAUGAUUAAUAAAAAUUAUAGGAUAUGAUUUCAUAAAGAGAUAAUCUUAUUAAAUAAAUGUAGUAAGAUAUUGAAUCAUUUGAAACAGAUAACAAAAACCUUUAAUCGCAAUUAGAGAAGCUCAUCUCUGCUUAUCAAGAUCUUGAUAAAGAAUACACAAAACUUGAUCAAAAUAUGUAGACUAAAAUAAAAUAAAAGGAUAAGUAAAUAGUAGAGCUCAAAACCUAACUUAAAAGAUUAAAAGAACAGUAUGAAAAAGAAAAGAAAUUGUUAUAAUAACCUAAAUUUAGUCCAACUCUUAAAACACACAAUAAAGUAGCAACUCGCAUUUAAAGUGCUAAACCACCAGAACAGAUUACAAAGCCAAUUCAAUUAGAUGAAAUAACUUCUAUCAUAGAAGAAAUUAAAUAUAAAUUGAUCGCUUUAUCACUACAUUCGAAAUAAAUCGAUACUUUACUAUUCAAUUAAUCAACAUAAUAAACUUCAAUAGGAUAGUUGACUGAUAAACUAAUAAAUGAUCCAUUUUUCCUAAAUAAAAAUGAUGCUAACAAUUUUGCUCGAUUUUUAAUAGAAUCUCCAUAAUAAAGGUACCCAUACACUCCCAAUUUAUCAAUAGCCUAAGAUAAUGGAUUGAUAAGAGGUAUGUUUUUUAAAGCCAUUGGAUUUUGGCCUUGUUAUGAUUAAGUUGAAAAGAGAGUAGUGGAAUUGUGCUUAGCCAAACUAUUCUAAGGAUCUCUCAGUCAAGUAGAAAAAGUAAUGGGCAAAAAUGUUUAUAAAAAAAAGGAUUUUAUAACUUAAAUUUAAAAAAUACUGCAAAAAAAAUAGAUCAGAGAAUUGGAACUCACUUAUUUAAUUUCGAAAGUACCAUUUAUUUCAUGAUUAGAUCAUAUUGUAAUCCAAAAGUCUCAGUACUUUAAAAGGAGAUGUACUUGUAAAAUACUUAAGAGAAUUGGAAAAGUUAGAAAAUGAGGAGGAUAUUCGAGCUGAGGAUCUGCAGUAAUAUUAUGACAGUUUAGGGUAAUUUCAAUAAUUAAUUAUAAAUUUAGAUAAGAUAAAGGAUUCUUUUUUUAUAAAUAGUUAAGAAGCAAGUAAGAAUAAAUGAUAGCAUUAUUGGAGACAAAGGAAGGCAAAGUCGAGGAAAUAGAGAUUAUUUAAAUGAAUGAUGGGAUUCCAUAGAAGUCAAUUUAAGAAUAUAUAUACUAAGGGGGAUUAGUAAGAAGUCACUCUGAUCCAGGUCCUUUAUAACUAAUUCUAAUCCAAAAGAAUGAGGAGGAAGAGGAAGAGGAAGAAGAAGAGAAUUAUGAAUAAUAGGUAUAAAAACAUUACUAAAAUCAAUAACAAUAUGAAAAAAAAUAAUAUCCAUAUAAUUUUGAUGAAUAAGACAGGGAGUAUGAAAAUAAUGAAGAAGAGAAUGAUGAUUAUUAGCAGGAUUUAAACAAUGCUCAGAUUGAAGAGUAAGAUUAAUAUUAGGAAGAAGAUGAUGAUUACAAUAUAAAUGUUGAUGGAGUCUUUGAGGAAGAUAGUGAUGAUGAGAAUGAUUAGUGGGAGAAAGUAGAAAAUAAAGGCAAUUUUCCAGUUCGAUAAGAGUAUAUAUUGAAUUUAUAGGAAGUCGAUAAAUUCCAAAUAGUAGGCCAACAUCCAGUUAUGUAAAUAAAGUUAACAGAAGUAAUAGCGAUGUAAAGGCUAGUUUGGCUUCAGAAUUGCAUCCAACUAAAGAAAUAAAUGAAGAAGGUAUGGCUGUUAUUAAUUAAAUCUUUAGAAUAUAUGGAGGAAUAAUUUGAAGAAGAAAAUUGA